ACACCUAAUAAAAUCAAGGAUGACGUUAUUGCGUUAAUGUUAGCAUUAUUGUACCUCGGCAUAGUUCAAAUUAAAAUGUUGCAUCGACCUUAAUCAUAAUCACUAAUUUAAUGCACCACCAGGCGAGCAAGCAAGGGACCAAAAUCAAACAGACAACAUUUGAUGCUGCACGAGGAACAGGUGCAUGCUGGGUGUGGCUAAUUGGUAGAUGCUAAAAUGUUCAUGGAGGUGCAUCUUCCAGGUGAUUGCGGAUUUCUGCGUUCGCUGAGCAACUUCGACCUUCAGUGAGAUGGAUGCGAUAUUUAACAUACUUGAGCAGUUCAGACUGGACUCCUUCUACAACCAGUUUAUCCAGUUGGGCGUAAAGGAUGACGUGGAUUUCCUGGAUGGCGUAACAGAUGCAGAUCUGAACAAUAUUGGUUUAAGUCAUGUGGAGAAAAACCGUUUUUCAGCGAUGAAAAACUUCAUUGAAAGAGCUCUGGAGCGCCAAGAUCAAACUUUGACGCCUGUGCAGAAACCACUGGAGUCGUUCUGUCUGCAGUACACAUAUCCCAAAUGUCCUCAACCAAAACGUAUUGCAGAUAUGGAUCCAGCACAAAACACACUUGAGGAUCUGAUGUUGAGGAUUGGCCAUCUUGAAAGUGUUGGAAAUUCAAAAGGAGUCUGUCUCUACACAGUUGAUGGGAUGCCCUUGACAGAUGAUCCCUACUUCAACACAUGGUCUUUGAAAGACAGACAUAUUCAAAGUGGAUCUGUAAUUUAUGCCAUAUUCACACCAAAGGAAAACCUGAAACGGGCUCCUCAAUUACCAAAGCGAGAGGUUGUCGAAACCUAUGGAGGCAAUGUGGUUCGAUGCCACGUCAUGCUCAAGGGAGACUUUGAGGUGACGGUGAACUUGGCAAGUGACACCAUAACCAGUCUGAGACUCAAGUUGGCAAAUGAAAGUGGAAUCCCAGCACAUGUCCUACAUUACAAAGGUCAAAAUUGUGGUGGUGACACUCUGCAAAGUUGUGGGAUCUCUGAAGAGUCAUCCGUUAACUUCUCUUUGUCCACCUUUUCUAAUGAGACUUCACGCAAUGAGACGGUCUUCAUUAAUGAUUUUGUGCCUUCAGUCCAACAAACCCAGAAAGGCAUCAGUGUGUUUUUGUCUUCACUUUUUGUUGUUAAACAUCAUUAUUCAACAGAGAAACUGAAGAAAUUGAUAUCCUACAUAAGAAAACUGACUGGAUGUAACCCUCUUGCCCAAAGUUUGCAUCAGUUACUCUGCAGGAAUGAACCGCUAACCAGGAAUCAGAAGAUUGCAGUUGUUGAAGGCUUGUACAUACUCUUCAGAGAGCUUUUGCCUCAACGUAAAACACAGCAAGAGGAGAAACCCAUUGAAGACCUGGAUGUCUUUGAGAAUUCACUGUACUGCUGGGCACAUCUCUUAUCGGAAGCAAAGAUGGGAGACAAUUACGGGAUUGUAAAUGAUUCACAACAGACCCGAAUUGGCCCUGAGAAACUGGCAUCAGAUCAGGAGAUCUACGCACCAAUCACUCUUAUGUCUGAAGAUGGCAGCCGCUUCUCUGAACCAGUCAGAGUACCUGGAGUGCCUGGAGCCUUUGAACGAGCAUAUGUUCGGCAGAAAAUCAAAGAUGGAGAGAAAAUUCCAAAUUGCACUGAAGACGUUUUGCGAGAAACAUCAAUACAGAGAGCCAACGACAUUGAAAAGGUCUUGCUCAGCUUGCCUCCAUUCAUCAGAAAUUAUGCUCUUUGGAUUCACUGUGACAGCACGGCUGGUCAGAGCUUCCAGGUAAACAUGGAGAAGACCUUUGGAAGUAUGGUGGAAGAAUUAAAAUCUCCUGACAAUCAAUACAUCAAUGUGACCCCCCCUCUACAUCUGAAGGAGCUAGGACAGUGCGGGUCACGCCUUGUUCUACUGAGUGAAGACAACAUUGGCGUAUGUUUGAAUAAAGAAAAAGGAUCCCCUGAUAUGAUCGUAGUGCAUGAUUGUUUGGAUGGCCAAAACAAAACCGUGGAUGUGAAUGAGUUGGCAGCCAGGACUGGAGACCUUAGCGAUGACCGAACAUUUGUCACAACCAGGACCCCAAAAGAGGCUAUACUGGUGUUGAUAGACACAAGCUCCUCCAUGGAAGAAGAGUGCUAUGCAAGUGCAGAAAUCAAGAAGAUCAAUGCUGUGAAGGAGCUCUUUGACAACUUUGCAACAAGGACCAUGGCUUAUGAUUUUUAUCAUGUUAUCGGCCUUGUGAAGUUCGACUCCCUGGUGAAAAUUCUCCACACGUUUACCGAAAAUCUGGAAAGGUUCAAGGAACACGUACGCAACAUUGAGGCCAGUGGAUGUACUCUGCUGUAUGACGCCCUUCGACGUGGGGCAUGUGAGCUGGAAAAGGUCAAGACGAGGUUCCCAGAUUGUAGACUUCGCAUCAUUUGUCUCACUGAUGGAAAUGAUUCUGGAUCCUCAAUAGAGCCAGAUGUUGUUACAGCCAAACUGCUCAAAUCUAACAUCAUUGUGGACUCUGUACUUCUUGGAAAUGUGGAGAACAAUAUGCUUCAUGGAAUCAGCAAUGCAACAGGUGGUUGUUGUUUCAAACCACAGACAAUCAAAGAGGGUCUGAAGCUCUUUGAGAUUGAGACAGUUCUGUCUUUGGAGCAGAGGAAACUCAAGGAAAAACUUGACCCGUCUUCCAUCAGUCAGCAUAGUUUGUCCAACAUCUUCAUUACUCAUGGGUAUGACGAAUGUCCAGAGACAUCUUUGCCAAGCCAGUUAAACAGCAAAGUGACCGUGACGGAGAGUGCCCUGAAAAAGAAGCUUAAGGAGUCAAAGGGGUGGUUCCUGGAGAAGGACAAACGUGUCCUGGAUGAGCUAAAGAGUCUGCAUUGUAACCCACAUCCUUUCUUCAGAGUCUUUCCAUCGGAGUCAGACUUUACAUUCUGGAGGAUUCUCAUGCAAGGCCCUCCUGACACACCGUACAAGAAAGGAGUGUUUGAGCUGUACUGCCACUUUGGUCCUGACUACCCAGCGAAGCCUCCACUCAUUCGCUUUGUCACACAAGUGUACCACUGCAAUGUUAACAGUGUGGGUCGCAUCUGCCACAACAUAUUUGACCGCAACUACAAUGCCCACAUCACCAUGAGAGAGAUCCUAGAAGCUGUGUAUGGACUGCUCAUCAUCCCUGAGCCUGCUGAUCCACUGGACAGCAUUUUGGCUGAGGAAUUCCUGACGAGCCGUGAGACGUAUGAACUAGAAGCUGAGAAACAUACAGAGGCAACUGCAGAAAAGUCCCUAGAUGACAUGGAGAAACAAUUUGUGGAGUCUGUGCAACAGUUUAUACCCCAACAUCUGAUCUGUCCACUCACCAAGAAGAUGUUUGUUGAUCCUGUAAAAACGGUGUAUGGCACCGUGUAUGAACGCAAGGCCAUUGAGGAACAUCUAAAGCAACACCAGUACGAUCCGAUGGCUGGCCCCGAACACGUGCUUGAAAUGAGUAACAUCAGAGCGGACCAGGACAUGAAGAAAAUGGUGACGGAUCAUCGUUCUCGUCAGAUUCAGUUUGACGUUGCAGCUGAGUAGUUUUUUUUUUUUUUUUUUUAAAUCAGGUUCCUGUGAAAAAGGAGAUUGACCAUCUACUCAUAAUUUUUAUCGAUAGAAGUUGUUCUUAUUUAAUUUAUAUUGGAACAUUAUUUGUUCAGUCAGUUGGGAAGUGUUAGUGCAGGUUAUUUUCAUUAAUUUGACUCUUUUCCUGACAUCACUUCUACUUUCAUAUGAACAGUGAUGGACAAUUUUUUUUUCUGUUUCGUUUGGAGUUGAUUGUGCUUCUAACUUUUGAGUGUUCAAUGUUCUUUUAAAUGCUAUCCUAGUUCCUUAUUUACAGUUUUAUCACUCAAAUAUGUUGUACAUCUGUAUUAUGGAGUAUACAGUAGUAAAUAAUUUCAGUUAAUUACAUUUGUCUUGUUAGUGAUGGCAGAACAGUAAAGGAUGAGCAUUUUUUCUAUCGUCAAUUUUAAAUAUACGGACAUGCUUAUUUUCAAAUAAUCAAUGUUGACGCUGAUGUAUAUUGAUGUGUUAUAAGUCACACGCACACAAGUGGGAUUUUUAUGCAAGCAUGCCAUAGCCUGAUCUUUAUGUGAAAGGAGCAAUUCAUAUUUUUCACUUUGAAGCAAGGAAUGUUAAAGACCAAAUAUUAUAUUAUAUACCAAAUAAAUUGUUGAUGUUAACUUUCAAAUGGUUCAAUUUCUCUUUACAUUGUAAUUAAAAUUUGUAUAUACAAUA